AUGGGAGGCGGGGAAAAAAAGAAAGAUCAGACCCCCUCGGUCGCAACGAUCUUCCGCACGCCAAACACCUCACAGAGGCCUAAUGACUCCCAACUCAUGGAAGAAGAGGACUCUGAACCCGACGAAUUCAUCCCCUCAUCUGACCCGACGGCCCCACUUACCAUCGGCAUCCUCCGGGGCAUGUUACAUGAGGCAACCUCGGACAUAAAAUCCCACGUAGCGGCAGAAAUAACCAAGCAGCUUGAGGGCCUCAAAGCUGAUGUGGCCACACUAACCUCCAAAACAGACCAAGCAGAGACUCGAAUCUCCAAGCUAACGACGACCACAGCAGAACACGCUCAAGAUAUUGCCUAUUUCCAUGGUAAGAUUGCUACCCUGGAGGACAACAUGGAGGACCUCAAUAAUAGGUCACGGAGAAAUAACAUCUGGAUCCGCGGCCUACCCGAGACGGUCACAUUGGAACAAUUAGUACCCACCCUGAAAAGUAUCUUCAAAGAUAUAGCCCCGGACCUCACCUCCAGAGACCUGGAACUGGACAGGGCUCACCGGGCCUUGAAGCCUCCAAACCUCAACCAGGCCACCCCCAGGGAUGUUAUCACGUGCCUCCACCACUUCCCGGCAAAAGAAAAACUGAUCCAAAUGGCCAGGCACAAGCAGCCCAAGUAUAAAGAGCACCAUCUUACCUUUUUUCAGGACCUCGCCCCAUCAACCUUGAAGAAACGGCGGGAUCUCAAGCCCCUUACUCUGGCCCUCCAACAGCACGGAUAUGAUCCCCUUUGCCGACUCACUGGGAGUACAACUGGCGCAGCACUUCCCUGCACUCAGACAAGGGACCGACAGUCGCCCGAUCGGCAAGAGGCCCUGAUCUCCGCGCCAACCUAA